GAGCAACGACCACUUGCAACACUCUCCCCAGGUGCUUCAUACUCCACUCGUGCUCUUCGUUUGAUGGCACUACUGGCCAAGUGCUUCGUCCUUUGUCUGCAUUCGCUUGCUUGGUGAUCAGUUUCCUCCUUCGUGGGUCGCUCAGACCACUCGCUCAUCAGUCGAUGACGGCAUGGGGAAGAAGAAGCAGACAACGACGAGCGAGGGCGGCUUCCAUGGCUCCGCUACUGCUGUGGCGCUCGUCGUUGUUCGUCUGCGGGGUUGUGUGCCCGCUCACCCAGACCUCAAGCCCCGUACCCUGCGUCCAUUUGCUCGCACUGUUCGCGAUCGCCGCAAGCUGUGAUAGAUUACGGCACGCCUUGAACCGGGUACGAGGGCAUGUCAGCGCAUCGCGACACGGGACCUUCAAGCGCGCUACGCAAGCAAGCACACUUUCAGACGCUUCGCAGCGGGGUUAAAUCACGAACAACGAUCAUGAUGCGAAGCGAAGGAGCAGAGGAUGCUCGCGGCGGCGGCUGAGAGCAACCGGCGGGCGGCUCAUGAAUCUGCUCAAGACUCGAGGGCAA